UAAACUGAAGAACAAUGAGCAGUGAGCAAGAAGAACAGCAAGUAAACCAAAGAAAGUCACUAAAAGUUCGAUCUCCGAUUAUACAACAGGAAGAACUACAGCAGAAAACCGGAUGUCGUCAAAGCAUUUCGAACAUCUAUUCUAUUAUCUCUGAAACAUGGUCUUUGCCUAAGCCUAAACUUCAACAACAGAUUGCGGAGCUUGAGGAGGAAGUACGACGACAAACAGAACUCAAGGUUUCUUACAAAUGUCAGCUUGAUAGAAUGCAAGAUUACCUAAUGCAUUGCUUGGAAAUUGCCCGAGAUAAUGGAUUUUUGGAUCGAGUUUCUGCUAUUGAUCAGCAAAACUAUUCUCUUAGUCCUGAGAUCAGACCAAGAGUUUCUGCAACUGUUAAUGAUCCUCAUUUAGCUGCCAUUACAUGUCAAGCAAUCCACAAUGGAUGGUCCAUUGAACCUCAUGAGGUAUGGAAAUGCUUGAAAAUUUUUUCUCUGAGAACUAACAGAUAUGUUCAUGCUGAAAUCCCUGAGAAUUUGAGGAUGAAUUCAUGA